UGAGAGGGUUUCUGCGAGAGUAGCAUUUCGUUUAGAUACUGUUAUCCUGUUAUUCUCAGGAAAGUGUUUUAAGACAGCAGAACAAUACGUAAGCAUUUAACGUUGUGUAGUCGAUAACGUUUGGGGGAUUCUAUAGCUAAACGUCACUAGUUUGUUCAGGCGUAGUACGGUAACAUGAUUUUUCUAUGCUUAAUCUGUAAUGCCGUAAUAUAAAACUACUCAAUGUGUUGAUAGUACGUUUAUUAAUUUCUUUUUACUGGUUCAAAUAAGCUAGGCUUGGCAACUUUUCUUCAUCCAGUCGUUGGAACUACAUUUCCCUGCUUUCUCUCGACUGUUCGGUGAUGCGACAUGUCGUAAAAAUUCAGUCAACAACACCAAAUCCGAGAUGGACUCAACCAAAGACGGUUGACAGUUUCUGUCUUCAUCUUUAUUUGUUAUCUGAAAUGUUUAUCGCUAUCUAGUGACGCCAGGGUUCGGUACACAGGUCCGGUUGUGAAGAUGGAGGCCAUGGAGGAUGAUAGUUUGGACGUAAAAGACGACCAUAACCACAACUACUGUGCGAGCAGCAGCAGUAAGGUCCGCACGUAUCUUAGCAGCCGACUGUCGGAUGUAACGACGGUCCCGCAGCCCGUUUGCCCACCGGUACCGGGAGGGGAACCGGGGACUCGACGAGGGAAGCUACGGUCCGGCAGCACAGGAGGGUCAAAGUUCAUGGACUCGGAUUCAGGGAGUGAGAACAGCGAAGUCAGUGAGACUGACUGCACGGCUCCGCCAGCCGCCGCCGAGGGAAAAUUCACCCUCGAUUCUACUUCCAAGUUCCUCCUGAAUGCAAUGGCAGUAGAAGACUACCGGAAAAACCACUGGCCAAAUCUGGAGAAGGCAAUUGACCGUCUGCUGGUUCAGAAUCCCACAGACCACAUCUCUGUUUCUUAUGCACAGAUAUACAGUUACAUCUACAAGUGUGUUUGUCAGCAGCACUCUGAGCUGCUCUACAAUGAUUUGACAUCAAAAAUAACAACUCAUCUUCAACACGUCUCCACCCAUCUACAAACCAGCCCACCUGAGAACUUCAUUGAGAACUUCAAUGUUGCACUGACACAAUACACAGCUUCUCUUCAAUGUAUAGUUCCUGUAUUUAUGUACUUGAACAAGUUCUACAUCGAGUCAAAGCUGAACAGAGACCUAAGAGACGAUCUGAUGAAGCUGUUUGCUGAUCACGUCGCAGAAAAACAUGUGAACACACUGAUGCCUCUUCUCAUCAAAGCUCAUUCCAUGCCAUUUCAAGUGCAGCCAUCUACAAUGGCCAGUGUGGUUAAAGGCCUCUACAGCCUCCAACCAGAAUGGGCCCAGUUAGCCCCAGCUCUCUUCUCUGGGUUUAUUCCCCAAAUCAACCCUCCUGCUGUGGAGUCUCUGCUGUCUGACUACGCUGCUCAUGACCAGAAGCUACAGAUGGAACUCUCCAUGAACGGAUUUCCACGAGGUGACCAGUCUCGCAAGCGUGCCAGCGAUGACUCCUGAUGGCCGAGCCGGUGCCACAAGAUCCUUUGCGGAACUAUUACUGUGCCUCCUACAUCUUUAUCACAAGUUGGCUCACUGCACUAGGUACAAUGUUAACAAUGCGUCAGUUUCAUCUCCCUCGACUCAAGGUCACAAAACACUGUGAACAACAAAGAGAACAUGAUGUUGAGUUGUCGAGCAGAAGCUUAAUCUCACUGCACUAAAGAACAAGCACACAGGCAUCCAUUAUGGUGCUUUCCUCUGUGAUUAUGACGCAUCCAGCUUCAGUAUUUGUAGGAUGCUGCUGUGUGUCCUCAGACUGUUUUCCUCAUGCUCUCCUCAUUUGAAGAGUGCCUUCACCAUGUCUGUCUGAUCAGGUAUCCUGACAGGGGAUAGGCUGAUGGUGGGUAUUUCAUUCCUAACCUUUAACAUGGAAGUGUCUUGUGUGGUUUUGAUAGACUGGGCUAAUCAAGACUUUCUAUUGCUGCUAAUAAUACUGUCCAUGUGUUAAUACUACAAAUCCCUUGGUUUCACCCACUGUGUGUGUAACCCAGUGGCUACAGUCAACACAAGUGAGUAUGGAGAAAAAUGGAAACUAAAUCAUUGACCUCAACUAUGAUUCUCUUCUUCAUGUUGCCUUUACUGUGUUGGUAAACCGGAUUGUAUUUUCCAGUUACGCCAAAGAGGAUUUGCAGUACUUGUUUUUUUUUUUCUUUUAUAUAUAUAUAUAAUACAUCGGAUUCAAGCUGACAUUGUUAAUGUUGUAUGCUGUCUGAGCCAUUUCAGUUUUUUAUACUAACACGUUUUGAGCUUUGGUUGACCCGUUUGUUUGUUUAGACUUAAGUCAAAUUCUAACUUUGAAUAUUACUUAUUUGUUUUAGCCUCACAUGUAGGACUGGCAGGGAUUGCCACGUACGAACAUUACACAGAGUGCCAGAAAGCUUGGACAACCACAGAACAGUGUUUGAGAAUUUCCUAAUUGUCCUUCAGUCUGUUUGACAACUUGCCUAAAUCGUCCCUUAACUGUAAAUAUAUUCAACCUGUUGCUUCAUGGAUUUAUUGAAACAAAUGAUAUGCAAAUAAUGUUUUGACCUAAGUCUGGCACACCUGUGCAUUAAGUGUUCCUAACAUGUUAUAGGCCUGUUCAUGAUGUAAAUAGUUUUUGUCUUUGGAUAGUGCUCCGCGUACACUAGCGUCACUUGAAUAGAAGUAUUUGAUACAAGGUCUUACACUGUUUUAAGUGUAAAUAGAAGCUCAGGCUUGCUUCCUCUUUUCCGUCUGUGCUCUUGGAAAUGGUUCUCAUCAUCUUUCAAAUAAACUUACUUCAUUAACCCUGGGACACAGUUGAUUUUACUUUUCACUAUUCAGUAUUUUUAAAUCUGGAUCUUGAGAAGUGAUGUUCUCUUCAAUAAGUAGGCAUUAUUGUAAACUUAAUGAAGCAGAAGGAAACCAGAAUCAUUGCAGAUGCCAAACACUGGAUGUAUUAUGUUAUUUACUGAGAUUAUAUCACUUUGUCUUUUAACAUGCUGCAACAAUAUCCAUGUUGAAACAAAUGAAUAAAAUUCCACUUGGUUCAAAUGCUGUU